GCUGCGGGGCCCCGGCUUCCCGAGGGAAUCUCUCUCGGCCGGCCGGAGGGAUGGCGGAGGAGCGGGUGGAUCCCGGGCAAAGCAGGCCGCCGCCGCUCCCCCCGCCCGGUCCCCGCCGCUGCGAUCCAGCCUCCCUUCCUGCUCGGCUCGGGUCACUUCCGCGGCCCCCAAGAUGGAGGAGCAAGAGGAGGAGCGGGAUCCGCGGCUGAGGCUGAGGCGGCAUCUCGCGGGGCAGCAGGAGCAGGAGCAGCAACCGCAGCCGGGCCCGGGCGAGGCCGUUGAAACUACCACCAUAGAGAAGAAGGAGAAGCCGCUUCCCAGACUUAACAUUCACUCUGCAUUCUGGAUAUUGGCAUCAAUAGCUACUACAUACUACAUUGAAUUUUUUAAAAUUGUUAAAGAGAUUAUUCAGCAAGAAAGCUGGUGGUUUAUACUCGGCAUUUGCUUAUUGAUUAUCAGCUUGUCUGUCGCCUUUUAUUGCAUAAUAUAUCUUGAGUGGUAUCAUGGAAUCGAGGACUAUGAUGCCAUCUACCCUGCACUGGUACCUAUAACGACUGCUAGUUUUAUUGCGGCAGCAGUUUGUUUUAACAUUUCUUUAUGGCCCAUAUGGUCUUUCCUCACACCUGUGGUCCUCUUUGUCCAGUUCAUGGGUAUUGUGAUGCUUGUGUCGCUUCUGGGCUAAAUAUUUUAUGAAAAGUAAAUGGUGGACCUGCCGGCAUACGUACUUGGAUACAGUGGGAUCCUGGGAUGAAGACCUGCAAGCCGAUCUCAAGCACCUUGUGUUUAAAAGGGAGAUCCACAUGAAUUGUUAAACUUGUUUUGUGUUUAAUAGGGACACUUUUGCUUUGAACUAUGAUCUUAAACACCGGGGAUAUGAUUCAUUGAAAUGCCAACAGAAAAUCACAGUUUUGCUAUUGUGCUGGCAUAGCUAUUGACUUAACCUAUAUUAAAGUGUAUCACAGGAAAUCAAAAUUGAUUAUGUUUAAGAA